AUGAUAUUGAUUUCACAUAAAAUACGAACAGCCCUGCUACGGAACCUGCAAUUAUGUGAUGAUAUCGGAUUAGAGUUUCUUAACGGAUGCAAAAAUCUAUGUUUGGACAACUGCCGAGGUAGAAUUGUCUCUCCGCAAAAUGAUUUUAGGAAAAUAAUACUGUGCAAUUAUCGCCGAAAUUUUCUAAGUCACUAUCUAUCAUAUCCUGUGUAUGAAAUUGAAGUGUCAUCAUGUAACAUCAACAAUGAAAUUUUGCUAUUGGCAAACUCCAUAAAAAGAGUGCUGUUGUAUCGGCUCCGAGUAGCCUUAAAUUCAUCCAUUGUGGUAAAUCAUGAAUGUGAAAGAAUCAUCAUCAGGAAUUGUAUAGGACAGUUCGGCAUCCCGCUUGUCUUGAAAAUGUCACCAGUAUUCUCAUCAAGCUUACACUUGUGUGCCGGUGAUUUGGUGUUUGUAAAUGAUUCGUCAAAUGCCAAACGUCGUUUAUCAAUAAAGAAAGCUACUGUUGCUCAUGAAACAGUUAUACAGAACAACAUACACACGGUAAACUUAAUAUCUGUGGUGGUACACGAAAAUGUGAAAUUAAGGAUUAAUGAUGAUUGUGAAGUUUUAUUGAUCGAUAAUUGCAACGGAAAGAUCGAGUUCUCAAGAUGUACUUGUUUAAAAUCACUGACCAUAAAAAACUACGAGUUUAAUCAUUGCAAAGAUGCUUUUAACAAGCUUCUUUCGCUGUCGCUUGAGCGUGUGACAAUAAAUGCUUCGGUUAAAUUGAAAGAAAAUAUCAAAACAGUGAAAUUAGUGAAUGUAAAAGUGGGAGAGUCCUAUUCUAUGGAAAUCAAUGAGAACUGCGAAACAGUUUAUUUUGAUGGUUUCACUGAAGAUUUGAGGAUACCGCAUAUAUCCAAUUGCAUUGAAAAAAAGUUCAUUGAUAAACAAGUAACUAUUUAUCAUGCAAAAGUAUUAGGACAGUUUGGCAGAACAAUAUUUUUGAAAGACUUUUGUUUAAGAGAUAAUUACGAAGUUCCUAAUGAUGUUGAAUGUGUAAUUUUGCGUAACGUUGAUAUUAAAGAAGGGACAAAUUGA